UGUCGCUCGCCCACGCCGCUCGUUCUGAUUUUGUCAGAGCGGCACGGCUGCAGUACGCCUGCUGUCAGGCACUUCACACAGGCUCUGGAGGGGAAAAAUUGAUGAUGGGUUCAUUGGAGGCAGUUAUAAUGGAGGCUAAUGACCAAUGAGAAUGUGUCCAGGCUGUGAAGUACACACUUGAGGAACAAAUGUUUAAUACAUAUGAAUAUCCGUGCUGAUAUCAGAUUGAUGGGCCGGUUUGAUUGAAGUCUCUUUGUCGUGCUAAUGUCACCGCGAGUGAUGGAUGAGCAAGUCGAGACAUUUUACCAAUUCCCUGGUGCUUCGGGUCUGCAUGGACAACAUGAACUCCUUUGUGGAAUACUCUAUUUGUAACCGACAACCAACUGGCAUUUAUUCUGCGCCUAAAUCUGGAUACCACCAUCAUCACCUGCACCAUCACCUUCCUCUGGAUCAGCGUCAGGGAUUCCCCGUGAGCAUCCAAACAGGUCUCAGCGGUUCUCCUGUCCCCGGGUCCAGAAAUGACAACAGAGACGUAGGAGCGAGUUAUACCGCGGACGGAGGGAUGUACGUGGGCGUUGGGGCGGACACCGCCAGCGGAGGAGCAAGUCAGCAUCAUCAGCAACAUCCUCCUCAACAUCACGAACAGCAUACGCACAGCGGCUACCAACAUCCAACACAUCACAAUCACCCUCAGCUUCACCAGAGCCAAAGCCUGCAGAGUGUAAUACCUUCUCCUUAUAGUAACGGCUGUAACACGGGGGCCUAUGUGGGCCAGGCAUGCACCACAAACUCCGAGUAUGUUGCUGCCACAGGCGCACCAAACUCCGUCCAUCCGCAGUAUUUCAUGGAGGAUUCUUUGGCCUCCACCUACUGUCAUCAAUCAAGCUUCCCUAACUCGGCCUCAACCGUCGGCCCCAGUUACAGCUCUCUUACCGGGGUCUACUGCGGGCCUCAGCGCACCCUUGCUGGGUCACAGUACCCGCAGCAGAUCGGCGGGGGGGUUCUUGACGCAGGAGGCUACCUGGAGCUUUCGCCUGGGGGAGGCUACGGGGAGCUGCCGGUAUCUCAGGAUCGUGAAAGAGGGGACGAUGAGGUCCAGCAGGCCGGGCAGGGGCAGACCUUCGACUGGAUGAAGGUGAAGAGAAAUCCACCGAAGACAGUCAAAGUGGCCGAAUACGGUCUUGCCCACAACAACGCCAUGCGCACCAACUUCAGCACGAGGCAGCUGACGGAGCUGGAGAAGGAGUUCCACUUUAGCAAGUACCUGACGCGAGCGCGGCGCGUGGAGAUCGCCGCCACGCUCGAGCUCAACGAGACGCAGGUGAAGAUUUGGUUCCAGAACAGACGCAUGAAGCAGAAGAAGCGCGAGCGGGAAGGCGCCACCGCGUCUGCGCGGCCAUUCUCCUCCUCUUCCGGUACCGGCAGCAGCUUGAACAAGGAGCUGGAAGACACUGACCGCUCUUCCGCGUCUACGUCUCCAGGCGCGUCCCCGAGCUCGGAGACGUAAUCUGGCUUUGUACCACUGGGAUACACUCUUCAACCCAUUCUUAAAAGACUGCCUGUUGAAAAAUUUUUCUAAGUCCCAGAAUUCUAUAAUGGCCGACCACCCAUUCAGAUGGACUUUCAUGACUCAUGUACAUGAACAUGGAGAAAAUAACUUCUCAGUGUAUUUUAGAGAAAGAAAAAAAUAUAUAUAUUAGUGACAUAAUUGACAGUUACAUACAGUAAGUGGACUGAUUUGACAAACUAAUGGCGCUUAUGCCAUGGAGAUAACAGAAAAUGCAUAAAAAAUGUCUGAUUAUAGAUUUUGGUACAAACUGGAUGAGAGGAGCAGUGAAUGUUGGGACUUUUAGUGAAA